GAAAAGCAAAAGCAGCAUCCUGCUGGCUUCUUGUAGUAGAGAGCUGAUGUAGCUGAAAGGCAACAGGUCAGCUUGGGGCAUCAGCCCUUUCCUCAGGUCUUUAACUCAUCAGUCAGAUUGCAGAGAGCAACUAAAGAGACCUUUGAAAAUGCUGUGGAUGUCCUGUCUCCCAACUGCAUCCCUCUGUCUGCUGCUCCUCCCGUGCUUCCCUGCCCAGACUGGUGGAGAAAAUGAGCAGUCAACAGACGUUCUCAGUGUUUGGGAAGGAGACUCCAUCAGCAUAACUUGCUCAAUCAGUGGUUUAGGAGAGCACCUGGGAAUGCACUUGAAAAGUAGCAGAAAGACAGUCAAUAUGAUAUAUUUUCCCAAGGACAAUCCUCCAAAUAUCUCUCCUGAUUUGGCUGGUCGCACCGAGUGUUCAAGGGAAGGAAGGAAUUACAGGACAACUUUGCACAAUGUGCAGGAAUCUGACUCCAAUAUCUACCUAUGCAUUGAGUAUGUUACAGUCAAUGACCAUCACAAAAUACUGGAUGGGAGGAGAACCAUAGUAGUGGUGAAAGCUAAAACUGGUGGGGCUUUGAAGCAGUCACCGCUCUAUGCCAGCCCUCAGCAAGGCCAGUCUGUCAGCAUCACCUGUGUGAUGAGCAGCUCACGUGGGGACGAAGGGAUCUACUUGCUCAGGACUCAUGUGCAGCCUGAAAGUGUUCUGUAUGUGUCAAAUCAGAGUGCUACAAGGAUUCCACCUGCCUUUGCUGAGCGCUUGGAGUAUUCGAGGGAAGGGAAGCAAAUGGUGAUAACUCUACACGACCUGCAGGAGAAUGACAGUGAUAACUAUGUCUGUGCUGAGGAGGUGAAACAUGGGAAAAACACCCGUCUCCUCUCAGCAAGUGGCACCAUGGUGCUGGUUAAAGAAGGGGAGCAGGCAUACUCCCAGAAGGCAUGCAGUGGUAGCUCCUGGGUCAUCUAUUCCCUCCUCAUCGUGGUGGCACUACUGUUUUGUGCACUGGUGUGCUGCACCUUGUACCGUGUCAAUAUAAAGAAAUACUUCCAAAAAAACCCCCCAAAUGUAGUUUAUGAAGAUAUGUCUUACAGUUCUAGACGGAACACACUGGUCAGAACCAACACCUACUCCAGGGGCAGUGAAGCUUAAGCUGGGACCAUCAACAUCAACUGUACAGGUCUCUCUGAGAGCUGCUUCAACAAUCUGAUGCAGUAGUUGAACUGAAAGUGCUGUCACCCACCUUUUU